GAACUCAAAUCGGGCAGAGUCACAAGGCGGCCGGUAGUAAAGUGCGAAAUUAGUUUGUGCACUAUAGCAAGUAUACAGGUGGCUUAAGAUGAGGGACCCGGCUUGGUUGGAUAUGGGAAGAACCCGCGGGUACUUACUGCUGAUUGCGGCGGUCGCUGUAAUAUUACCAACUUACAUUGAACAGGUGACAAGCUUACCUAUCGAUCCGGCAAAUGAGUGGCCCACAUUUCCAAGGAGGAACAUUGCUGCUCUCGCAAGAGAUGGAUAUCUUAAAAGUUCUGGGUCUAGUUACAAGAGAAGUAUUUCAACGCUUGCUAAAAACGGAAUGCUACCAACUUACCGCUCACCAUAUCUUGAUACUGAUAAGCAAGAACCUGAUGACGAGCAAUCGGAAGAGAAGAGGAAUAUAGCUUCGAUUGCCAGACUUCGCAGUUACGCAGCCAUGAAACGCAAUAUUCAGGCGCUUGCACGAGAUGGUUACCGUUUUGGUAGAGGACAAUACACACAACAAAACGAAAAGCGCAACAUUGCAGCUCUGGCACGUAAUGGAUUGAUACACAAAAGGGAUGAAGCAAAUGGAGAGGAAUAUUAUUUUCCGUUCUAUCAGAAUCCAAUUCCUCCCCUGUCGGAAAUCGAUGGACCGUUUGACGUGAAUGAAAUGUACGACUACCAACAAUCCGUUAAUCCGGAUAUGCUUCCGCCUCUGUCACAAAUUUUUAAAAGGAAUGCCUUUCUGGCGUCAUACUAUAACCCAAUUCAGAAGGAGAUAGAAGACAACUUAUCUUCUAAAAGGGGCAUUAUGGGUUUGCCCGUGCAUGGCUUGUUUAGACCGAUGUUCAUUGACCCGACGGUGAGGACCAAAAGAUACGUACUUUCGCUUCCCGAUGUACUUGAAACAAAUGAUAUUGGCGACAAACAAGAGAAUGAAAAUGAAGACAAGCGUUCCGUAGAUGAAGAAGUCCGUGAAAAUUUCGAAAAACGCCAUAUUGGCUCAUUGGCGCGGUUAGGUUUACUACCUUCAUUUAGAUUUUCUGGAGGACGAUAUAGUAGAUCCGGCAGGGCUAGGUUGUUAUUGCCGAGCCAGGAAAUGUACAGGAAGCAUUCCGCUGACGAGAAUUUCGGAAUUAGGGAAUAUCUCACUGCUCCCGAAGCUGAGCCAGCAAGCGAUUCAAACAACGCCGACGUACCGCCGCCGGCAGUACCUCCUUACUCGCACCCGACCGGCCGCAUCCUCCACAGACCGUUAAGCAAUGAUUUACCGCACACCAACCCUUCCUUGCCUUCAUCUCCACUUGCACCAACCAGCUUUAGCGACCCAUUCAUCAAGAACCGAUGGCAGCCCAGCACCAAGGAAUCACCUAAGUUCUACUACUUUAGAUCGUCUAAAAGACCGUACCACACCUCUGGCAAGCGAUACCUGCUGCUUCCUGCCGUAGAUAACAUUCUGCUCAGGAAGACCUACCGCAACAGCGGUUUGCCAAGUCGUCGUAAAAAUCAGUAGCUGUGCGGAUGCCCGCUAGGAAAUGCUCAGAUUGUCAGAUCUGGCUUUACUAGUGUUGACGAACUCUCAAGUGAUUCUGCGUAAAUUUCCCUGUCCUACAUGAUAAUUGUACGUUGCAUUCAUGUUAUACUUGGUAUAUAUGCACGUUUAUUAUACAAAUUCUUAUUAUUGAACUUUAAUAAUGGAUUGGGAUGUAACUGAUCGACUAAUAGUAAAUUAUUGUAAAGAAUACAAGCCUAUGGAUUAUGGGGUCAGUUACAGGAUAGACAAUAAUCUUAGUAGAUUAUAAAUGUUUUAAUAUAAAUCUUUAAUAAUACUUUCACUAUGUUUACUACGUAUAUUUUUUAAGAGAACCCAAUUUACAAAAAAACGACUUUGGCCAGCCUGAUAACAAUGCUUUCUAUUAAUAUAAGGUACAUAUUUAAGGAUGUCAAUCGCAAAUAUAGGUUUAUAUUUAUUCUAUGACUAUAUAUUAUGAUACUGAAUAUAAGCAGUGACAAUAAAAAUAAAAAACAUAUUUUAAUAAUUCUACCAUUUCAUUAUGAGAAAAAUUAUCUUAUGCUUUAAAAACUUUUAGGAGUAGCUGUGAUAGGAUAUAUCUGAAUUAAUGGGAAAUAUGUAUUUGAAUAUCAUCAUUUUUAAACAGAUUAACGCGAAUACAGUGUACACGUUACCUGAAACUAAGAUACA